AUUCUCUUACAACAACAUCGAUCUGCUUGCUGUCUAGUUUUCUAGCUUGUUUGAUCUACCAUAUAUAGCAAGCUUCUCUUUCUCUAAGUAUAUCGAUCCCUAGACAACUCUGAUUAAACUAGCUAGUGAAAAUCUUCAUCUUCUACGAUCGUCUAAUUACAUAGACAGUACGUAGCUGUUUACAUAUAUAUCAUCGCCAUGAUCAGCAUGGAACGUUUCGUGUUCUUUCUCGUCUGUGCUACUGCUGCUUGUGCUCUACUUUCUUCUUCCGCUUCAGCUAAAGUCGUUGAGCACACUUUUGAUGUUGGUAAUUUUACUGUCACUAGAAUGUGCCAACAACAAGUUAUAACAGCGGUGAACCGCAGUCUCCCCGGCCCAACUAUAACCGUCAACGAAGGCGACACACUCGUAGUUCAUGUGCUGAACAAAUCACCAUACAAUCUCACCCUCCACUGGCACGGAAUAUUUCAGCUAUUUAGUGGAUGGGCCGACGGGCCAGCAUAUGUAACUCAAUGUCCAAUACUACCAGGGAACAGUUUCACUUACAGAUUCAACAUCACUGGCCAAGAAGGAACUCUAUGGUGGCAUGCUCACACCUCCUAUCUCCGGGCCACUGUUUAUGGUGCCUUGAUUAUCCGUCCUCGACCCGGUCGAAAAUACCCGUUCACAAAACCAAAAAAAGAAUUUCCAAUUUUAUUAGGUGAAUGGUGGAACGCUAAUGUGUUUGAUGUGGAGGAAGAGUCUUUGAACUUUGGUGGUGCACCAAAUAUUUCUGAUGCUUAUACGAUCAAUGGCCGCCUUGGUGAUCAAUUCCCAUGUUCUGCAAACCAGACGCACAAAAUCCAAGUCGAAAAAGGCAAGACCUAUUUGCUUAGAAUCAUCAAUGCUGCACUCAAUAACCAGUUCUUCUUCAGCAUAGCCAAUCACAACAUGACAGUUGUUGCAAUCGAUGCAAGUUACACAAACCCUUAUGUCACAGACGUAGUUGUUACCGGUCCAGGGCAAACCACGGAUGUUCUCUUAAAGGCCAAUCAACCUGUUGGAGAUUAUUACAUGGCAGCACACCCGUACAUCAGUGCUGCUGGAAUUCAAUUUGAACCAAACGCCACGGUCGGUAUCAUCCAAUACAAAAGCAGUCGUUCUAGAAAUUCCUCCUCCACUCCAAUCAUGCCAACCUUACCAGCUUUUAAUGACACACCCACUGCUCACAAAUUCUUCUCAAAUUUAACUGGUCUCAAAACAGGGCCAUUUUGGGUACCUGUACCAACAAAAAUAGACGAGAAGAUGUUUAUAACCUUUGGGUUAGGAGUUAGUCCCUGUGGUGCCAACAAAAACUGUUCACAGAGUCCAUUUGGAACAAACCUACGUUUCUCAGCAAGUAUGAACAACCACUCGUUUGAAUUACCUUCGACAUUGUCAAUGUUGGAGGCACAUUACAAUAACGUUUCUGGGAUUUACACCGAAGAUUUUCCUAACAACCCACCAUUAGCAUUUGAUUAUACUAAUUCAAAUUUAAGUUUCGGUCUAGCUUUCACAGAAAGGUCAACUAAAGUUAAGAAGUUGAAGUUCAAUGCUACGGUGGAAAUGAUAUUCCAAAAUACGGCUUUGAUUGGAAUUGAAAAUCACCCUAUUCAUUUGCACGGGUUUAACUUCCAUGUUUUAGCUCAAGGAUUUGGAAAUUAUAAUUCCACUGAGGAUGAAAAGAAGUUCAACUUGGACGAUCCUCAGGAGAGGAACACCAUUGGCGUGCCAGCUGGUGGGUGGGCUGUUGUCAGAUUCCGUGCCAAUAAUGCAGGUGUAUGGUUCAUGCAUUGCCACUUGGACGUACACAUGCCAUGGGGGUUAGGGACAGCGUUUGUAGUUGAGAAUGGACCAACAGCAGCAACAUCGCUCCGUCCACCACCUUCUGAUCUCCCCAAGUGUUAAUAGGCCUUUUAUUUCUAUUUUUCUGUUUCUGGUUUGAUUUAUUUUUUGUUCCUUCGAUUAAACGGAACAAAGUCAAACUGUAGUGUAUUUGUGUGCAAUUGGAGAAAUUAUGUUUGUCAAAUGUAAUAAAAACCGUAAUAUAUUUUAUUUUAUUGUGAUUGUAUUCAAUUAAAACUAGAAAAAUGAAAUGAAAUGAAAUAUUAUUUUCAGUAGAAAUAUAA